GCUGAAAAACACCUGACUGACUGGUAUGAAGUGAUUUUAACUGUAGUCAGAUAAAUAACACCUCCUCUCUGACACAGAGCUGUAUCUCACACAGGUGGUUCUUCUUAAGUCUUCACAACAGACAAAGACAACGAGACAGUCAAGAUGAAGUUGCUGCUUGUUGUUGCUGCUGUUCUGGCGGUAUCCAGCUGUGCCAGCAUCUCUCUGGAAGAUCUGGAGUUUCACGCCUGGAAGCUCAAGUUUGGAAAAUCCUACAACUCUCCAUCAGAGGAGAGUCACCGGAAGCAGAUCUGGCUCACCAACCGCAAACUUGUGCUAAUGCACAACAUCUUGGCUGAUCAGGGCUUCAAAUCCUACCGUCUUGGUAUGACCUACUUUGCUGACAUGGAAAAUGAAGAGUACAUAAAGCUAGUUUCCCAGGGCUGCCUUGGCUCCUUCAAUGCUUCUCUGCCUCGCCGUGGUUCUACCUUCCUCCGACUGCCUGAAGGUAUUGAUCUGCCCGACACUGUUGACUGGAGGGAUAAGGGAUAUGUCACUGGUGUCAAGGAUCAGAAGAUGUGCGGCUCCUGCUGGGCCUUCAGCACAACUGGUGCACUGGAGGGUCAGCACUUCAGGAAGACAGGAAUGCUGGUGUCUCUGAGUGAGCAGCAGUUGGUCGACUGCUCUCAGAGCUUUGGCACCCACGGCUGUCAUGGAGGCUGGAUGUAUUUUGCCUUCCAGUACAUCAAAGCCAAUGGAGGAAUUGACACUGAGCAGUCCUACCCUUAUGAGGCCAAGGAUGGAUCAUGCCGUUACAACCCUGCAAGUGUUGGAGCCACGUGCAGCGGCUAUGCUUACGUGGAAAAAUAUAAUGAAGAAGCCCUGAAGGAGGCUGUGGCCACCGUUGGACCGGUUUCUGUGGCUGUUAAUGUUCAAGAUUCCUUCCGGUUCUAUACAUCAGGAGUGUAUGAUGAACCUGGGUGCAGCAGCACAAUAUUGAACCAUGCUGUGCUGGUUGUGGGUUAUGGUACUGAGAAUGGACAUGACUACUGGCUGGUCAAGAACAGCUGGGGUCGUGGAUGGGGAGAGAUGGGAUACAUUAAGAUGAGCAGGAACAAAUACAAUCAGUGUGGGAUUGCUAGUGUAGCACUCUACCCUCUGGUCUGAAGAGGUGGAAACAAACUCAGCUACAUUUGUUUUUCCAUUUGAACAAAAUGUACACAUGUUAAUCUUAAACAUUUGUUUUCUUAAACAUUUAAGAUGAAUCUAAAUAUUUGUGAACAUUUAAGAUUUAUUCAAUCCAGGUUAGUGUUACUCUAGGAUUUUCUUCAAUGUGGUCGAAAUUGCAUGUCAAAAAAGAAAAUAAAAGUUGUGUGUGGAAAUAUACUUUCUUCCGGUGUUUUAUGGAAUAACCUUUUAACGACUACAAAUACAUGUAAACAAAUAAAAUAUUUCAAACUGAGAUGUAAACAUU